UCUCUCCCGGGUGGAGUUUGUUUGCUGUUCUGGUGAAGUUAAACCGUAGUUAAACAGUUGACUUCACUGGGAAAUGAUAUUAUUUUGAAAUGAGUCUGGGUUUCCCGUGUCAGUGACGGGCUGAGAGGGCAAGCAGCUGGUCUGGGCCGGGCUUUCGCACUCCCUGCGGCCGCGGCUCCGAGCCUCUCCCGCCACCAUAGGCGUACUGAGUAAUGAGAGCAUGUCUGCUUUCAGAUUCUGGUCCGGACUGCUGCUGGCGCUGGGCUCCCUCUGCCCGACAGGAUCACCAUGUGGCAUUUCUACGCACAUAGAAAUAGGACACAGAGCUCUGGAGUUUCUCCACCUUCAGGUUGGGAGUAUUAACUACAAAGAGCUGUUACUUGAACACCAGGAUGCGUAUCAGGCUGGAACCGUGUUUCCUGAUUCGUUUUACCCCAUCAUCUGUGAAAGAGGACAAUUCCAUGAUGUGUCUGAGAGCACUCACUGGACUCCAUUUCUCAAUGCGAGCGUUCAUUAUAUCCGAGAGAACUACCCCCUUCCCUGGGAUAAGGACACAGAGAAAUUGGUAGCGUUCCUGUUUGGAAUUACCUCUCACAUGGUGGCAGACAUCAGCUGGCACAGCCUGGGCAUUGAACAGGGCUUCCUUGAGACGAUGGGAGCUAUUGAUUUUCACAACUCCUAUUCCGAGGCACAUCCGACUGGUGAUUUCGGAGGAGACGUGUUGAGCCAGUUUGAGUUUAACUUUAAUUACCUUGCACGGCACUGGUACGUGCCCGUUGAAGAUCUGCUGGAAAUUUACAAGAAACUCUAUGGCCGAGAAGUCAUCACCAAAAAAGCCAUUGUUGACUGUUCAUACCUUCAGUUCUUGGAAAUGUAUGGUGAGAUGUUAGCUGUUUCCAAGCUUUACCCCACUUACUCCAGAAAGUCCCCAUUUUUGGUGGAACAGUUUCAAGAAUACUUCCUCGGUGGACUGGAUGACAUGAUGUUUUGGUCCAGUAAUAUAUACCAUCUAACGAGCUUCAUGUUAGAGAAUGGAACCAGUGACUGCAACCUCCCUGAGAACCCUCUGUUCAUUGCAUGUGGCGGCCAGCAAAACAACACCCAGGGCAGCUCAAAAGCACAGAAAAAUGAUUUUCAUAGAAAUGUGACUAUAUCCCUCACUAACAAUAUUGGGAAAAAUAUACACUCUACCAAAAGAGGAGUGUUCUUUAAAUUUAGUGUGGACUCCUGGACCCCGGAUUCCCUAUUCUUCAUGUACCAAAAUUUGAAAACAAGCCUCCAGGAAAUGUUGACUGGCAGCUCCCUAGAGACACCGAAGCAUGUUUUGAGACCCUUAGCGUCUUAUUUCUUGUCAUUUCCCUACACGAGGCUUGGCUGGGCAAUGGCCUCGGCUGACCUCAACCAGGAUGGGUACAGCGACCUGGUGGUGGGCGCCCCGGGCUACAGCCACCCCGGCCACAUCCAGGUGGGGCGCGUUUACCUCAUCUACAGCAACGACCUGGGCUUGCCCCCUGUCGACCUAGACCUGGACAAGGAGGCCCACGGGAUCCUGGAGGGUUUCCAGCCCUCAGGUCGCUUUGGCUCGGCCGUGGCCGUGCUGGACUUUAACAAGGACGGCGUGCCUGACCUGGCCGUGGGAGCCCCGUCUGUGGGCUCCCAGAAGCUAACCUACACAGGUGCAGUGUACAUCUACUUUGGUUCCAAACAAGGAAGAGUAUCUUCUUCCCCCAACAUCACCAUCUCUUGCCAGGACACCUACUGUAACUUGGGCUGGACACUCUUGGCUGCAGAUGUGAAUGGAGACAGGGAGCCUGACCUGGUGAUUGGCUCCCCUUUUGCACCAGGGGGAGGAAAACAGAAGGGAAUUGUGGCUGCAUUUUAUUCUGGCCCCAGCCACAGUGACAAAGAAAAUCUGAAUGUGGAGGCGGCCAACUGGAUGGUGAGAGGCGAGGAGGACUACGCCUGGUUAGGGUAUUCCCUUCAUGGUGUCACUAUCAACAACAGGACUUUGCUGUUGGCUGGGAGCCCCACCUGGAAGAAUGCCAGUAGUCUGGGCCAUUUGUUCCACACUCGUGAUGAGAAACAGAGCCUUGGACAGGUGUAUGGCUACUUCCCGCCAAACUGCGAAAGCUGGUUCACCAUUGCUGGAGACAAGGCCAUGGGGAAACUGGGUACCUCCCUGUCAAGCGGCCACGUGACGGUGAAUGGGACCCGGACACAAGUGCUGCUGGUUGGGACUCCAACCCAAGAUGACGUGUCUAAGGUGGCAUUCCUGACCAUGACCUUGCACCAAGGUGGAGGUGCUCGGAUGUAUGGACUGUCACCCGACUUGCAGCCUUCUUUGCUCAGCACCUUCAGCGGAGACCGCCGCUUCUCCCGAUUUGGUGGAGUCCUGCACUUGAGUGACCUGGAUAACGAUGGCUUAGAUGAAAUCAUCGUGGCAGCCCCACUGAGGAUCACAGAUGUGACCUCUGGCCUGAUGGGGGGAGAAGAUGGCCGCGUUUAUGUAUAUAACGGCAAACAGAUCACCUCCGGCAACAUGACAGGCAAAUGCAAAUCAUGGGUAGCUCCAUGUCCAGAAGAAAAGGCCCAAUACGUAUUGAUUUCUCCUGAAGCAAGCUCAAGGUUUGGGAGCUCUGUGAUCACUGUGCGGUCGAAGAAAAAGAAUCAAGUUGUCAUUGCUGCUGGAAGGAGUUCUCUGGGAGCCCGACUCUCAGGGGCACUUCAUAUCUACAGCCUUGGCCCAGAUUAAAGACCUCACUCCACUGUCCUAACCUGCCCCUCCCUCUUAGGCCAUCACCUCCAGGGUGAGCAUUCUCGUGGACACAGUGGCACAUCCAGUGGAGCCUUGGUAGAUCCUACUCGAGGUGGGGCGCCUGGGGGUGGAGACAUAACACACUGACAGCCAGACUACCUGGAAAUACGAUACAGUAAAUGAUGGCAUCAGAAGUGUGACAAUA